AUGGCCGUCCAUUCCAGGGACGAGGCGUUAAUGUGUAAGGUGUUUCCAUCCAGCUUGGGACCCCUGGCGAUGAGAUGGUUUGAUGCCCUCCCACCGAAUUCCAUAGAUUCCUUUAAACAGCUGACGCAGGCUUUUGGUUCCUGCUUCAUCACCAGCACUAGAGCCCCUCGACCCUUCGACUCCCUCUUAUCCUUGUCCAUGCUGGAAGGAGAAACGCUGAAGGCCUACUCGGACAGAUACUGGGAAAUGUACAAUGAGAUAGAAGGAAACUACGAUGACGUCGCCAUUAGUACGUUCAAAAGGGGCCUGCCGACAGAGCAUGGCUUAAGAAAGUCCCUCACUGGGAAGCCAGUCACCAGCGUGCGCCAGCUCAUGGGCAGAAUAGACAAGUACAAAAGGGUCGAGGAGGACCAGCAGAUGGGGAAGGGUAAAGUGAAGGUUGUCCCUCAGUAG